ACAAUUUUAUAUAUUAUAAUAAUAAUAAACUUAAAAAGAAAACCUAACCUAAAUUUUGCUCCGCCUCUCAGCUCUCACACUCUCAUCUCGCUCAGCUCUCUCUACCGUCGUCCCAUCUUAUCUUCUUCUCAGUUCUCAAUCUCAUUCCGCUGGCGCGAAUCUCCGGAAUACACUCUCCACCACCCUCCUUCUCCUCUAUAUCUCUCGUUCCGUCGACUCCAGCUCCGGCCUCCAUCUCCAUUGUUCUCGGCGACACGGCAGCGGUGCUUAAAUCUUUGUUCUUUGCUCAUCUCUAAACAACAUGUCAUCUCGGCCGGAACUCCAAGCGCCACCUGAGAUAUUCUAUGAUGAUAAUGAAGCUAGGAAGUACACCUCUUCUUCUCGAAUCAUCAAAAUCCAAUCAGAGCUCACGGAGAGGGCUCUCGAACUUCUUGCCUUGCCCGAAGAUGGAGUUCCCAGGUUGCUUCUGGAUAUUGGUUGCGGGUCAGGACUUAGUGGAGAGACACUAACAGAGAAUGGUCAUGAGUGGAUCGGUUUAGAUAUCUCUGAUUCAAUGCUUAAUGUUGCGUUGGAGAGGGAGGUUGAAGGUGAUGUAUUACUUGGUGACAUGGGUCAGGGAUUGGGAUUUCGGUCUGGAGUUAUUGAUGGGGCCAUAAGUAUCUCUGCUAUUCAGUGGCUGUGCAAUGCUGAUAAAUCCUCACACGAACCAAGAGCAAGAUUAAAGGCAUUCUUUGGAUCUCUAUACAGAUGUUUAGCAAGGGGAGCACGAGCAGUCUUUCAAGUGUAUCCUGAAAAUAUAGACCAACGAGUGUUAAUUUUGAAUUAUGCGAUGCGUGCUGGAUUCGCUGGUGGUGUGGUUGUUGAUUUUCCUCACAGUGCCAAGAAAAGGAAAGAAUACCUUGUUCUGACUUGUGGCCCACCAUCCAUUAACACAAGCGUUCCAAACGGCAAAGGCGUGGAUGGAGAGAGUUGCUCUGAAGACGACGAAAGUAGCGGAGAUGAAGAAAAUCAAACGCAGGUAUGUGUUUCUGACAGGCAUAGGCCGAGGAAAAAGCAAAGAAUAACGAAAAAAGGGAAGGGCAGGGAAUGGAUAUUGAAGAAGAAGGAACAGAUGAGAAGAAGAGGGAAUGUUGUACCUGCAGACACAAAAUACACUGCUAGGAAAAGAAAGGCACGAUUUUGAAAAGCACCAUAUCUUGUCUGCAACUCUUUUUAAAAGAUGAAUGCAAGGUUUGUUUGUGUAAUUUUCCCAUGGCAAUUUUGGCAGAGAGAUCAUUGGCUUGGUUAUGGUAGUUGAUUUUGUUUGAUUUUAUUUUAUGAAAGCACAACAACAUGGCACACAAUAACAUAUUCCAUUUUUUAUUAUAUUUUUAGGAAAUUUUUAAUUUA